ACUGUCAAUCUGGACAGCUGAUCGAACGUAUUGUAAGUAGACAUGCGAAAAUGACAAUGCAUUGUUAAAUCAGAACGAAAUUAGUUUUAAUUUCGUCUAGGACAAUGUAAAUCGUAAGUCUCUCAGUUUCGAAGGUUAAUCGGGUGAGGUUCGCGAUUUGUCUCGACGUAUAUGAACUAGUCCGAUUGUGUCCGUAGAAUUAAUAACAUGGCAACGGCUUCGUACGCGGACGAAUUGAAAGUAAAAAUAUCAGAAAAAUACAAACCGCCGUGUAAAAUAAGCCUGCCCGUCACCUAUUCUCAGAGGUUAGCUUUAAACAAACAAUUAUUGGACUCUACUCCCGACUACGAUUUCGGUUUUGAAACGUCGGUAGUGGAGAAAAUGCGGGAAUUGAAGAACGCGCGAAUGGCACAAAUGGAAGAGAGAGAAAAACGCAUGGCGGACGCCCGUAAAAUGUUUGAAGAGAGGAUAGUGAUGGCAAACAAAGAGGAGCGCGAGACAGUGUGCUACAAACAGGCCGGUCAGAAUCACAUUUUAACCCCGAGUCUGGCACCGACCUACUCAACUAUACUAACGCCGGUUCCGUUAACGAAUCAUGAACCGAGUAAAAGUCUGAUCGAACAACGGAAACCUUUCAACAUAUCAGAUUUUGAGACCGACACGUCGAGUCCCUUCGAUAACAUGGAACUAAAGUCGAUCAACGAUCUGGAAGUGUUGGCGCAAGUGCUAAAAAACGACGGCUAUUCGCAGAAAGCCACGACCAGCUACGUCGCACCAGCAGUCUCCGCCUACUCGCAUGUCAACGGGUACUAUUGUCAGCCCAGCGCUUUUGGCGCUCAGCAGACCAAUGAGUACAGAAGUGUGCCCGACAUAAUGAAAUCCCUGGAGCGGGAGCUCAACAGUACUCAUAUAAAUAACGCGUCUAAAUCUCGAGUGACUAGCAGUACCGAAACCAGAGGUUUAAUGAACCCGUUGGACGCGUUACCCAAGGAUCAGCAAGCGCUGUGCCAAUCUAUCGGCUCUAUGGGAUUCCCCCUCGACCGGGUCGCCAGGGUUUGCCAAACGGUAGGCGGGGACUACAAAAAGAUCGUCGAGCAUUUGCUGGCGCUUUCGGAGCUUCUAGAUUUGGGCUUUUCUGAACGGGACGCGUCUAAAGCGUUGCUCCUCAAUGGCAACAAUCGGGACAAGGCGUUGGACGAGCUCAUCUCUUGAACGACGCCCUCUCCGAGACUCAACUGGCUGUGGUAUCGUUUUUAUAAUUUAUUUAUUCCGGAAAACUGCGUUCGAGAAGCAGAACCUUUUCCGGAUCUAGAGAUAUUUUUCGAGCCUGCAAUAAUUUAAGUUCCCGCUUUUCGAGGGCAGGUGGGAGAAGCAAGAGUUUGAAAGCGAGCAAAUCCUAAAUAAAGACAUGAUA